CUGUCAAUGUUUUUGUUGUCUGCAGGCAGGCUUUCACUUGAACUUCCCCUGUGUGGUAUAUGCUGUUGGAAGAUCCCUAAGAGAUUAUCCAGGAAUGGUGGAUCACUUGCUUCCUGCUGAUGAAUCUUUUUCAUCCACAAGGUCCAUGGUUGGAUACUUUGGGGACAUGACGGCAGGAGGGAGGUCCUACCAGAUGCUGCCCUCACCUCUGUCAGAAGAUGACAGUGAUUCUUCAAGCUUUUGCUCUUGUUCUAGCCCUGACUCCCAGGUUCUCAGCUCUAGCUAUGGCAGCACAUCCAGCGCUGAAAGUCAGGAUAGUAUUUUAGACUACUUAUUGUCCCAGGCUUCCCUGGGGAACACCCCUGCCUCUUGGUGGGACAAAAGGAGACUUCAGCCAGUUGUGAAAGAGGAGUAUUUUAGGAUGCCUGAAUUCGCAGUGGAUACGGAAGAUACUGGACCAUUUCAGCCCACGCUUGAGGAGAUUGAGGAGUUUCUGGAGGAAAAUAUGGAGUUGGAGUUCAAGGAAGGGCCUAAAAAUGAGACCAAGGACUUGAGAGCUUGCAGCCAAGUUUCUGUUGCUUCUGUACAGCAAAAAGACCAUAUGGUAUCCAAUGCUAGCUUAAAGGAAAGUAAAAGUGAACAGUUGAGCAGCCCAACAGAAGGUGGCCAUGUUUCAAAUGGAGCGGCAUCCGCGGAGGGUGGAAUACCUGUCAUGCUUCAAAUUCAGCCUGUACAGAUCAAACAAGAAUCAAAUACAAGCCCAAGCUCACAAGGACCAGCACAAGAGAAUAUUAAAAUUGCACAACUCCUAGUCAACAUUCAAGGACAGACCUUUGCACUUGUGCCACAGAUAGUUCAAUCCUCCAAUUUGAACUUGCCCUCCAAAUUUGUCCGCAUAGCACCAGUGCCCAUUGCGGCAAAGCCGCUUGGGCCAGGAGGCAUGAUCCAGGGUCAGACGGGCAUCCUCGUGGGUCAGAAAUUUCAAAAGAACCCUGCAGCAGAACUCAUUAAAAUGCACAAAUGCUCGUUCCCAGGCUGCACCAAGAUGUACACUAAAAGCAGCCACUUGAAAGCCCACCUGAGAAGGCACACAGGCGAAAAACCAUUUGCAUGCACGUGGCCGGGCUGUGGCUGGAGGUUUUCCCGGUCAGAUGAGCUCUCCCGGCACAGACGCUCCCACUCGGGCGUGAAACCAUAUCAGUGUCCAAUCUGCGAGAAGAAGUUUGCGCGAAGCGACCACUUAUCCAAGCAUGUCAAGGUGCACCGGUUCCCUAGAAGCAACCGCGCCGUGCGCUCAGUGAACUGACUGGUCCCCACUUGGCUCCUUCCCGCCCAUCCGUCCCAGAACAGCCGAUGACAGCACUUUGCUCACCAUGUUUCUAGUGAUAAUUUAUUGGUCUUCGCUGUUACUUGACACCAUCAUGUCUGAAUGUGUCCUACCAACGUGAUUUGAGAACGAAGCUCUUUUGGGAGGGACUGGGGG